AUGUCCACAACUGCCAGUGGUACCCUCCAGACGACUCCGCCGCUGGUAUCGCAAGGCGUUUUUCAUGGCCUCGUCUGGGGGGGGUUUGUUCUUUGCCUGGUCGCCUUCUGCUUCCGGGCCUACGUCCGGAUAGUGUGUUUUCGCCGUCUUUUCGUCGACGACUGGCUCAUGAUGGGCGUCCUGGUCAUUUUGCUCGCCGCCGACAUUGUUUGCCAGCUGGGUCUCGGAUACAUGUACGACAUAGCCGACCCGGACCACAUCCCGGGCCCGGACUUCAUUCCCAACACCCAGUCGGGACUACGCGAGUUCGGCGCCUCCAUGAUUCUUAGCUACAUCGGCAUAUGGCUCAUCAAGUUGAACUUCCUCCUUUUCUUCUACCGCCUUGGUAGCAGGAUCCGGCGCUACCUGAUCACCUGGUGGGUCGUUCUCGUCUUGACUAUAGCGUGCGGUGCCGUCGAACUGGGUAUUAUGCAGACGAAGUGCAUGUUCGGACCCAUCUUGUAUAUUAUGACGACGUGUAACCUUUCUUCAUCCAUGGAGGCCACGUACACGCGCUUCAAGGUAUCGUGCGUCCUCGAUGUCCUGACGGAUGCGAUGAUCAUCGGCUUUCCCAUCUUCAUUUUAUGGGGAGUUCGGAUUAGCCUUGGCCGGAAGAUUGCCUUGGCGGGCAUUUUCGCUCUCGUGGCUUUCACCAUAAUUGUCACCAUCAUCAGAGGCAGCAUCUUCGGCGGUGUCUACCAGUCCAUCGAUGAACAUAACCUGAAAGCCAUGAACGUUUCAUGGAUCUGGUUCUGGUUUGCCAUUGAAUUUAAUGUUUCCUACAUCAUUGCCUGCCUCGUCUCUUUCCGCGCUCUCUUUACGCAGAGGGAUCGGAAAGCCAAUAUACAGCAAGAACGGAAAAUCCCGGCUACACCGGGAACACCUGAAGCUCUCAAAGUCAGGCGCUCUGGGUUCGCCUCACGGUUCAAGUCGAUGCAGAAUAGCCUAUUGGAUACCUGCCGGACCUUGGAGGGAUUCGGACGCGGUGGCUAG